AUGCCUUUGUCUGCCCACCCUGCGCCGCCGCUACCGAGGGCAGGGCGUAGUGCCUUCUCCUUCGCACCAGCGCCCGUCCGCCACCCGCUGGAGGAGCGUGAUGCGUGGGUCCUCAUCACGGCACACGUCGCGCAGGACCGGCAUCCCCCUUCUUUGAUCCAUUGGCGCAGAUGCAAAUCGCUAAUCCACCAUCCACCUGAUCUCAUCCAUGUCCUGCCGCCGUCGUCGCCAACGACUAUAGGUGACGAUUGGUUCCCAGCCGGCUUCCUGUGGAGGAGUUCGGUCCCCGCAGAGGUUUUACGGGCGGUGCAACACUGCUGGGGAUCAAGAAAUAUUUUCGUGGCGGUGGCAACGCACUGUACGAUUGGCUCGGUGACGGCUCAUCGCAGGGCUUCUGCUCGUGGUGUGGCGUGCUAUGUGUCUGUGACAACAUCACUUUGUCGCGGCCAUCGGCAGUCUGCCAUGUGUUGUCUCAAUGAUCUCAGAAUGAGAGAAGAUAGUGUUGCUCUGAAUGAUUUCACCUACUCGACAAUUAUGACAGCAACAGUGGCCAGCAUACCUCUCCAAAUUCAAGCUCAGGUGAUCAAGACAAACUACCGGUAUACACCAAUUGUUGGAACUGCACUUCUGGCAUCUUACUCGAAGCUUUGCAGCACUGAAGAAGCUCUUUCUAUAUUCAAAAUGAUUGAUCAGAAGGAUGUUGUUGCAUGGUCUACAAUGUUGACUUUCUAUGCCCAAGCUGGUGAUUGUAUGGUGCCACAAAUGUAUCAUCAAGAUCACUAUGCAUGGCUUGAAGCCAAAUGA